AUGGAUAACAAUCGAGGUCGAUCCCCUUCGAGGGGAAAUGCCGCCCAGCAUAUCAGUCCUCAGCCUUCUCCCAAUCAUUACCAGACCUCAGGUGUUCAAGGCGUUGAUCCCUCCGUUCAGCAAGCCCUGACGACUGGCAAAUUCAAUACGGCCCAACAGCUGUUCAACAACCCCUUUCUACAUCAGCAACAACAACAUCAGGGAGGUCUCCAACCGGGUUCCACCGACCCCAACUUCUACAAUACGACCAAUUACCAACAGAAUCUUUUCUCCGACUCUCAGUACGGAGGUCAGACACUGGAUCCCAACUAUACAAACAACUUCAUGUAUCAAGGCGACGACAUGAACAACAACUUCCAACAGCCCUACUCCCUCAACAAUGCCUACGAUGUCAAUCCUCAACCCAACAUCAAUCCUGCCGAGUUGAGUAAAGUCUCCUCUCCACAAGAUCAUCAAUCACCAAAUCUUUUCCCCCCUGAAACAACUCAUAGCUCGCGACCUACUUCCCCCGCUUCGACAAAUGGUCAAUUCUACACCCCUCAGCACUCGAGACAUGUGUCUUUAGACCCUAACAGCGCCUAUGGAGAUGUCUAUGCUGGGGCCAAUUUUCAACAGCAUCGCAGAGCUCCAUCUGAUAAUUCUGAUAUCCCAUCGGCCCAGCAUUCCCCUUAUCUCGCUCAUUCGGAACUCCAUGAUGUCGGUAGCCAUUCUCCUUAUCUCCCAGCUCAACCUGACACCAGCAAUGCUUUUGGCUUGGAGAGUUUUACUUUGACUGAACAAGCCUAUCGGUCUCCCAGGUUGAUGCCGCAUAUGACGGAGAAUCAGCAAGUGGGAAUUGGCAUGAAUCCAGACUUGACCUUGAGUCAACCACUUGGUGUUCCGGGCUCCGAUGUCUUCUCUAAUCAGACAAAUUUCGUACAGCCGCCCAUCCUACCUAGCAAUCAUAUGCGCAAUACCUCAGUGGUCUCUGAUAUCGGUCAGGCCGAUUUGUUUGAACCACCGACCAUUAACAUUGAACCCGCUCCAGUCUCAAGACAGCAGAGCUUUGGACCACAGGCUGAGGGUACCGAGGGCGCCUUGAGCCCUCCCAACAACACAGGUAGAGGUCGUAAUCGUAGCAAAUCCGAUUCAACCUUUACGCGGCCCUUUUCUCGAUCAGCCUCUCCUGGGCUUCAAUCAACCAAUGUCACUUCGAGCCUUUCUGUUCAUUCGCGAUCUCCAGACAGGGAGAGAGGUUCGGUAUCUCGAGAUUCGUCGCCAGGACCUGGCGUGGCUUCCGGUCGUGUGGAGAAGAAUCGACGUGCUUCAACAUCCUCUGUGAGCCAAAGUAGAGAUUACAUCCUCGACCUUGCAGACCCCAACAGACCAAAUGCUCCACCCGGUACGAGUACCCGAGUUCAGAAACAUCCUGCCACAUUUCAAUGCACUCUCUGCCCGAAGAAAUUUACUCGGGCAUACAACCUACGCUCUCAUCUACGCACACACACUGAUGAGCGACCCUUCGUAUGUACUGUUUGUGGAAAGGCUUUUGCAAGACAGCACGAUCGAAAGCGCCAUGAAGGGCUACACAGUGGUGAAAAGAAAUUUGUCUGUAAAGGUGAACUUCAUUCAUCACCUGGGCAACAUUGGGGAUGCGGGCGCAGAUUUGCAAGAGCCGAUGCACUUGGACGACAUUUCCGCUCUGAAGCAGGUCGAGUCUGUAUCAAGCCUCUUCUGGAGGAGGAGAGACAGGAGAGACAGAACAGACACAUGAUGGAACAACAACAGCAACAACAGCAGGCCCACUACAUGCAAGGUGGACUACAGCCAGUUCCCCAGCCUAUGAUGGUCGGCAUGGAUCCCAGUACUGGUGCAGGAGGAUUUUCCUUACCAGCAGCACUCUUGGCACAAUACCCUGCGCUGCAAAAUAUCGAUUGGUCACAAGUUCCAACCAGUGACGACCCAGGAGAUCUCAGCGAUGUUGGAAUGGGUCGAGCCAGUUUUGAUGGCUCGAGUGGUGGCGAAUACUAUGAUGACGAGCUCAAUGACGGUUAUGUCAGUGCCUCUGGUAUUGACUUUUCGAAUCCUGGACAAAACCAAAUGUACUUGGGCGGCAAUUAA